GAAGGCCUUCUAGAUCCCAAUGGAAUGCACCAGGAGCUCAUGUGGGCGGAGAGGGCCUUGGUACCCGUCGUUCCCUUCUACGAUGGUGAUCGCCUUGCUCCCGAAGAGUACGACAUCUGGAAGCAGGAGUUCAGCUUCCUGAAGCGGGCACCGGUCGUCUAUCACCGCCGCACGCACAUGCGGGUCAAGGACAGCCUGGUGGUGGCGCUCCAGGAAGCGAUCGCGGACUCCUACCAAACCUCAGGCAUUCACAUGCCCCCUGCACUCUCGGAGUUGCUGGACACCCAGGCGGCUCGCGCCCAGAAGAGACAACAGCGAUCCGAGAGGCCGAAGGCGCCAAUGGCAAAAGACAGCGACGAGGAGGAGGAGGAA